AUGCUUGUUGAAGAUUCCAUUUCCUCAAUCAUCACCACUACGCCAGGCACGGUGAAUAGCGGCCAAGAUUUGGAGGCCACACACCUCGCCGCCGCAAAGCAUGCUGGGGAAAGCAGAACUCCUUUGCGUGCCACGAUCAUCAGCGGCGACUCCACCAAAAACGUCGCCAUCGCCUAUGUGAGGCACGAAAACCCGCAAAGAGUAACUGGUAGCCCGCGAAGCACACCCAUUGCUGCAAUUCCAAAACAAGGUUGUGAAGGCAGGACUCCUUCGCGGGCCACAAAUCAGCGGCGAUUGCAUCACAAAACGCCACCAGAACCCCGCGAAGAGUCAUUGGAAGCACGCGAACUCUGCUGCCGUCGCUGCUCCACUGCGAAGGUGCUGCCGAUCCUGGGUCCUCUGCCCGCCUUGUACGAAACUGUUGAGCCACCCUCCACCAUUCACCAUCCUGAGCUAUCGCGGCCUCUCCCUGUCCCUGACAUUGACAAGAGCUGGAUUACAAAGCCACGAGGUAGUGUAGAGUAUAGGGAUGGUUUGAAUAGAUUCCUUGACUUCACAUUUGCCAAUUCAUCAUCCGAUGGGAUGAUACACUGUCCAUGCCCUUUGUGCGGGUUCCGAUUUUUCCAAACUAGAGAGGACGCCUACGAUCAUCUUCUAAUGAAACCAUUUCCCCCUAACUAUACCUUCUGGUUACAUCACGGUGAGAGGAUAGUAGACGAGAGACCCAACGGUAGGGAAGAACUAGAACCCACUGUAAAUUUAGGAGAUCAAAUUUGUGACAUGGUCCACGACGCAUUCAACUUGCCGGGACUUCAAAGUGACAAUGAAGACUCGAUUAAUGGGCAUGUCGGAAACGUUGCGGAGGGGCUGCUGUUCAUAUCUGACGAACCUAGCCGCGAGGCUCGUGCCUUUCACGACUUGCUAGAGGAUGGUGAGCAGGAAUUGUAUCCGGGAUGUUCAAAAUUCUCGAAGCUGUCUUUCUUGGUGAGGCUCUACCAUAUCAAGUGCAUGUGCAGAGUGAGUGACAAGGCUUUUGGUUUGAUUCUAGAGCUACUGGGGGAUGCCUUUGAGCACGCAGUGAUUCCGAAGACGUUGCACGAUGCCAAGAGAAUCAUAAGGAAGCUCGGUAUUGAGUAUAAGAAGAUAGAUGCAUGUCCAAAUGACUGCAUGCUGUAUCAGGGCUCCGAUCAAGACCUGUCUAGGUGCAAACAGUGUGGAGCAUCCAGGUGGAAGCAAAAGACUCGGAAGAAUUCCGUAGUAAGGAUCAAUGCCGUUGUCAAAAAGAAUGGAAAGCCUCUGCCGGCGAAGAUUCUCCGCUACUUUCCUCUGAUUCCACGGUUGCAGCGAUUAUUCAUGUCCAGCAAGACAUCAGUGGACAUGUUGUGGCACAAGAGAAGAACCAAUUCUGACGGUUCCUUGAGGCAUCCCAGGGACGGCGAGGCUUGGAAAGCAUUUGACAGGAGAUAUACUGACUUUUCUGGCGACCCGCGCAGUGUUCGCUUAGCCCUGGCUAGUGAUAGCUUCAAUCCUUAUGAAAACCUCAGUUCAAAGUACUCAAUAUGGCCAGUGAUUCUUAUUCCGUACAACCUACCCCCAUGGAUUUGCAUGAAACAAACCAACUUUAUUCUCUCCAUGAUUAUUCCUGGUCCUAAAAUGCCUGGCAAUGACAUAGAUGUCUACUUACAGCCACUGAUCGAUGAGUUGAAGCAGUUGUGGGCCGGUGUUGAUACAUACGAUGCCAGUGAGAAGAAAACAUGCAAGAUGCGUGCUGCGUUGAUGUGGACCAUCAGCGAUUUUCCUGGAUUGGGCAAUUUAUCUGGCUGGAAUACGUACGGCGGGAGAGCUUGCCCCACGUGCAAUCUGGACAUUGAGACUAGGCGACUCACCUUCAGUCAGAAAUGGUGUUUCAUGGGUCACCGUCGCUUCCUGAAUCACGAUCACAGAUAUAGGCAGGACCGGAUUAGAUUUGAUGGAAAGUUGGAGGGUGUGCCAGUCUCACACGGUAAGGUGCAAGCGGUGGGCGGUAAAAGAAGGCGCGUACAGCAGACCGGGGUACAAGACGAGUCUCCCUGGAAAAAGAGGAGUAUAUUCUUUGAUCUCCCAUACUGGGAGAACAACGAAUUACGUCACAAUCUAGAUGUGAUGCACAUAGAGAAGAAUGUGUGUGACAACAUUGUGUUCACCAUGUUGAACGAGAGUGGUAAAUUCAAAGACCACCUAAAAGCUCGAAAAGAUCUCCAGUUGAUGGGAAUCAGGUAUGAUAUGUGGCCACUUGAAGGUGGAAAGUAUCCCUCUGCAGUCUUUACCAUGUCAAAUCCACAGAAGGAGGUAUUUCUUAGGACUAUCAAGAAUGUGGUCUUUCCAGACGGGUACUCUAGCAACAUCUCUCGAUGUGUUGAUUUAAAACAGCGCAAGUUAUCGGGCUUGAAGAGUCAUGACUGCCACAUUCUAAUGGAACAUCUCUUGCCAAUUGCGUUAAGGCAUGUAUUGCCCACCCAAGUGUCCGCUGUCUUGGCUCAGUUAUCAGCCUUUUUUCGACUAUUAUGCAGCAAAUGCAUAGAUCCUCGUCAACUACCUCUCCUUCAGGAUCGUGUGGUCCAUACUCUAUGCCACAUGGAGAUGAUAUUUCCACCUUCCUUUUUCACAGUCAUGGUUCAUCUAACGGUGCAUUUGGUCGAGGAGGCACGCCUCGGUGGCCCAGUGCAUUACCGGUGGAUGUACCCAAUUGAGAGGUACCUAUGUCGUCUGAAGCAGUACGUGCGUAAUAGGGCACAACCGGAGGGAUCUAUUGCAGAGGGCUACUUGUCAGAAGAGAUUCUGACGUUCUGUUCAAGAUAUCUAGAUAACGUCGAGACUAGGAUCAACCGGCCAAGUCGGGUUGACGAUCGGUUGAGUGAUGCCCUGCCCAGUGAGGCUGCCAGCAUGUUCCCAGAAGUUGGAAAGGCGGUCGGGGCUGCUUCAUUUUUUACUUUGACCCCCACUGAAAUUCUUUAG